GUGAUGGGCGUCUUGUUUACAAACGCUAAAUUCGUUUGAAUUCUCCGAAUUUAUGGAAAAUUGCUUAUAAUUAAUGAACAACACUGAAAUAAAUCAAAAUUGUGCAAGUUCUAGUCAUAGUAUGUAACGUUUAGUGUUAAUAAGUUGUACAUCACACUAAUUCAUCACGAUCGAGCUUCACUAGAGCUAAAGUUUUUUUUCUUAAAUUAAUUAUUUUGUAGGUGAUCUACAAACUACUAAAGUAACUAGCAAUAAACCAAAGAUAUCAAAAUGGUUCACUUCUGCAAACUGUGUCAACUGCUUCACAAGAGCAUGGACUACAUCGAGUGCGAUGGCAGCAACGUCUGGCUUUUGGAGACUGUAUUUAAACUAAAGAUCAUCCCCAUCAACGGACGGGUGGAACCGAUCUGUCAAAAAUGCAUCAGCAAAUAUAAUAAAGUGAUGCGACGAAGACGAAAGGCGAACGGAGGCUUUCCGAUUUCACAGAGCCAAAUGUUUCCUGUCAAUACCACAACAACCACGGUGACUUCCUCUACUCAGUUGGUGAUUGCUGGAUCGAUGAUGAACGAAGUUGUACAGAGACAGCGACCGGACCCACAGUUGACUAUGACCACUGGUGCACAGAUAAGAGAGGAAGAGUCGGCUACAGAGAUCGUAACUGCCAAUAGCUUUCAUUUGAAUAUCACUGGGGCUGCAGCCGUUUAUCGAACUACAGGAAAAGAUGGCAGGGGAAGUUCGGAGGAUGAUAGCUCCGCUGAGAAAAAUAGCGAUGUCGAAGAUGAUGAAGAUGACGACGAUGACGAUGAUGAUGGUGAUGGUGAUGAUGGUGGAAGCAGUGAUUCGAGUGACUGCUGCAGUGAAGGAUCUGACGAUAGCAGUUCCAGUUACAGUACUUCAAGUAGUAGUGAAAGUUCUUCUGAAACGCGAACCAGUCUUCGAAUCGAUGAACCUGAGCUUGAGAGAAUGGAGGAAAUGGAAUCGAUCGGUUCACUGGAAGUGGGACUGAACGCAGAGCAAUCGUCGCCACCGGAAUCAGUUCCGAAGGUUUCGAAAGAUGAAACGAUGCAAGAGGAAAGUUCGAUGGAUUCGAUUAUAAGUGCAAAAUCGGGUAAGACCAAAAAAAGGAAGAGACGGAAAGCUGCCAACGUGAAACACGCGUGUGAAAUAUGUAAUCGGGAAUUUUCGAAACCAGUAUACCUUCGGGUUCAUAUGAGAACCCAUACCGGGGAGAAGCCGUUUGCUUGUGAUAUUUGCUUCAAAAGUUUCACUCAGGCAUCGAGUUUGAACACCCACAAACGACUGCAUUUGAAUAUUCGACCGUUUCGCUGUAAGAUCUGUGGAGCUGAAUAUACAAGUUCUGGAAAUUUUAGGGUUCACCUCCGAACACAUACUUUGGAGAAACCUUACAAGUGUAGCUACUGCGACAAGACUUUUAAUCAGCAGUCUUCGAAGAAAUUACACGAACGUGUUCAUAACAAUGAAAAACCGUAUGUCUGCCAGGUCUGUCUGAAAGCUUUUUCUAAUGUAAGCAAUUUGCAUGUUCACACGAGAAUUCAUAACAAACUUCGUCCCUACGAAUGUGAUCUGUGCGGGAAGAAGUUUGCUCAGUCACAGACAUUAAAAACUCACAUGCUAUCGAAGCAUACCGAAGAUCGACCCUUCAAAUGUGAUGUCUGUCCGCGGAGCUACGCGACGCAGUCCAAUUUGAAGAAUCACAAAAAUUGCCAUUUAUCGGAGAAACCUUUCGUUUGCGACGAAUGCGGUGGACGUUUUACCCAGAAGAGCUCACUGAAGACACAUCUGCUGUCGCACAGAAGCGAGAAGAACCAUCGCUGCCAUAAAUGUGGCAAGGCGUUCACCACACUAGGCAUUUUGAAGACCCACCAGAAGUUUGUCCACUGCGAAAAGACGGGCGAGCCUACGGUCUACCAGUGCGGCGAUUGCCCGCGGAAUUUUAAACUGAAGACUCGAUUCCGGACUCAUCUGAAAACGGUGCAUCAGAAGGAUAUUGACGAUGAUGUGCCGAGCAAUGAGGAAUCGUCACUGCCGGCGACGUGCGAUAACACGCAGGACACGCUCAACGGUAUACUGACGGAAGGGCUCGAGGGACUAUCGUCGGCGCUGGUUACCGACUUCGAGGAUCAUUUUGCUGCGCACAAUUUCUAGCUCUGAUAGAAUCGAUGUUACCGUCGAUGUUUUCGAUGUCUAACUGCACAGUAUUUUAGCUCCAUAGGCUCUGUAUACGCUUAUUUUAUUUUGCUAAAGUGUCCUAUAAUUGAGAUUAAAAUUUUUGCUAUAAUCAAACCAAAAAAAGAAUG